GGGCCACAUCGACGCAGCAGCCUCUCCCCUCGCUUCCUGUCGCCGCCUGGGCCAGAGAAAGCGGAGAAGGAAGCCCAGCUACGAGGAGCAGACGACAUGACUGCCCUCACCCAGGAGCUGGGCACGGCCUUCUUCCAGAGGCAGCAGCUGCCGGCGUCCAUGGCCGAUACCUUCUUGGAGCACCUGUGUCUCCUCGACAUCGACUCUGAGCCCAUCACGGCACGCAGCACUGGCAUCGUCUGCACCAUCGGUCCUGCUUCCCGUUCAGUGGAAAGGCUGCGUGAGAUGAUCAAGGCUGGGAUGAACAUCGCAAGGCUGAACUUCUCGCAUGGCUCGCACGAGUACCAUGCGGGUUCCAUUCAGAAUAUUCGGGCAGCGACUGAAGGAUUCGCUUCCAACCCCGUCUUCUAUCGGCCCGUGGCUAUUGCGCUGGAUACCAAAGGCCCGGAAAUCCGUACUGGCCUGAUCAGAGGGGGUGAGGACAAGGAAGUGGAGCUGGUCAAAGGAUCCCAGAUGAUCGUGAGCACAGACCCAGCACUCCGAGAAUGCUGUGACCAGCACACUGUCUGGGUAGAUUAUGUCAACCUGCCAAAGGUUGUCAAGGUCGGCGGACGAAUCUUCAUUGACGACGGGCUCAUUUCCUUACUGAUCAAGGAAAUCCGCCCCAACGGCUGCGUGGUCGAAGUGGAGAACGGCGGGAUGCUCUGCAGCCGCAAAGGGGUCAACCUGCCGGGGGCCGAAGUGGACCUGCCGGCGGUCUCCCAGCGGGACAUACAGGACCUGCGCUUCGGCCUGGAGCAUGGUGUCGACAUCGUCUUCGCCUCCUUCAUCCGCAAGGCCAGCGAUGUGGCCGCAGUCCGUCAGGUGCUCGGAGAGGGUGGCCGCAGCAUCAAGGUCAUCAGCAAGAUCGAAAACCACGAGGGGGUCAAAAACUUCGAUGAAAUCCUGGAGGCCAGCGAUGGCAUCAUGGUGGCCAGAGGUGACCUGGGCAUUGAAAUCCCUGGCGAGAAGGUUUUCCUUGCUCAGAAGAUGAUGAUCGGUCGUUGUAACCGUGCUGGGAAGCCCGUCAUCUGUGCCACUCAGAUGCUGGAGAGCAUGGUCAAAAAGCCCCGGCCCACAAGGGCAGAAGUCAGCGAUGUGGCCAAUGCGGUGCUGGACGGAGCCGACUGCAUCAUGCUGUCGGGGGAGACGGCCAAAGGCACCUACCCUGUGGAGGCUGUGCAGAUGCAACAUGCGAUUGCCCGGGAAGCUGAGGCUGCCAUGUACCACCACCAGCUCUUUCAGGAGUUACGCCGCCUGACCCCGCUGAGCCAAGACCCCACUGAGGUGACGGCCAUCGGUGCCGUGGAAGCCUCGUUCAAGUGCUGCGCGGCCGCCAUCAUCGUUCUCACGACAUCCGGCAGAUCCGCACAGCUUCUCGCUCGCUAUCGGCCCCGCGCCCUUAUCAUUGCUGUGACCCGCGAUGAGCAGGUGGCCCGCCAGGUGCACCUGAACCGUGGCGUCUUUCCGGUCCUGUGGCGUGGCGCUACGCAGGAAGUGUGGGCAGAUGACGUCGAUCGCCGUGUGCAGUUUGGCGUCGAGAUAGGCCGGGUGCGUGGGUUCCUGCAGUCGGAGGACGUGGUCAUUGUGGUGACCGGCUGGAGACCAGGAACUGGCUACACCAACAUCAUGAGGGUCCAGCAGGUCCCAUGAAGGCCAUAAGUGUCGGAUAUUGUAACUCUGCAUGCAAGAGCUCCCAGACCUGUAAAGAGAGAUUGUGUUUGUGUGUCUGUGUGUACCCGAGGCUAUUAAAACUUUUAGCUGCAUCUUCGUCACCUGGUUUCGUUGCCACUGUCCAAGAUUUUGCAAGCAGUUGCCAUGGGCAACAGAAGGUAGUGAGAAGGCUUCAGCCAGCCGAUGUAGGCCUAAGUGGUCAUAAAGGCAUAGGAUUUGGGAUGUUGUAUUCUUCCUCGGUUUUGACUCAUCUCGCCCGCUAUUGAAAUAGUUGGGGAAAACAGGCGCGCAGGACUUCCAACCCCAUCCGGCUCUUUAAGGGAAAGGGAUGAAACCAGCAGGGACCCUGUAGUUUCAGAGAGAGAGAGAACUGUUCCAAAGUAACUCUUAUUGAAGUGCAAAACCAUAAUGCAAAAAUAUUCAAGCAAAUCGCUGUUUCAGUAUUCAUCAUGUUAGAAGACAUAAAAAGCCAAUACUUAUUUUAAAAAGAGCGCACGUAUACCUUAUUUAGGAAUAUGCAUUCCAGCCGUCGGUCGAUACCUAACAAUGGAGGUGUUGGCAGAGAGCCCUGAACAGUGGCAGACAUUGACAUUAUGUAGAAGAGAAAUCCAUAGUGCCUGUCAGUUAAGAACUGACGAAACCCAAAUCCUUCCCCUCGCUUACCGGAGGAACUCUGCUCAGAGUUAACUCAUAACCUUCGAGGUUAGAAACACCCGACACCCUCCCUAUGUCAAGGCAGAUUCUGGAAAGUCUGAAAUCUCAACUGUUUUUAACUUCCAGGCUGAACAGAGGGCAUUGUCAGGCCUGAGAGAGGCAUAUAACAACAGCUAAUCCUUAUGCAAAGCCUUAUGGGAGAGAGAACCAAACAGAGUGGCAUACGCUAAUUCAGGCUGCUAUACAGGAAUA